AUUGCGCUGACCGCUUAGUUUUGCUUCUCCACAUAUCAGACUUCUUUUUGCUACUCCUCCUCCUUUCUAGAAUCAUUACUACACUUGAGAGGCACUGGUCAUGUCUCUCAGCAUAUAUCAGUAUGCACUCAUUCUGCUAUUUGCGCUGACCACUCUAUACUUGCUUCGCUGGCUAUUGGAACUACGCUUUCACCUGCACAUCAGUCGCGUGGGGUUUUUUUCUGUAACCGGCAUUCGGUACCAUCCAGGCAGCGAGUCUAAACGGAAAUGGUCAAUCAAUGUGGGAAAUAUAAAAACACGACUCAAGCAUUCAACAGAUAUUGCCUCAUCGGCAUGGAUCACCAUUCAUCUUUCUGACAUAGAGAUUGCUAUCAAUAACCUCGACACUCUCAUUGCUGAAAGACGACGACGACAGCGGCAACAGCAACAAAAGCGACCCUCGAACAUUAACCGACGACUCUCCAAUAUGGGCGACUCACUAAAGCGGAUACCAUGGUGGUACUCGCUAUCUGUCGUCAAAUACAUUCUCAAGUUUACCUCAGCUUUGCCCGCUCAAUUCGUCAUGGCUGGUCUCGCAAACUACGUCGACGUGCAAAUCGAUGGACUGACUGUAUCACUCGAUAACGUUGGGCAGAUUUGCAUUGAACAGCUCAAUUUCAGCUCAAUCUUAUAUGCAGCCAUGUCACGCGUUCCACCUUCAUCAUCCUCAUCGAUACCAGCAGCAACAGCAUCUGCCGCCGCCGCAUUCGCCACCAUACCAGCCGAGCCUCACUUUACGUCCGAUUCGGGCGCAGAAAACGAUGGAUUCCAUGCACGCCGUCAACGCCAUUCACUCAAACGUGCAGAACAUUUGUUCAAAGAAAAGUUCUUUGAAAUAACGGUUCACGUUGGCCACAUUGGAUUUCGAGGGGCAGAUAAAUCAACCGAAAUAUGGGGGUUGCCAAUGGGGAGUCGAGUCGCAAUCUCAUGUCAUCUUUCAGCUGGCUGUUUAACGCUUAAGGAUUUCGAUAUGACAAUACAGGUCGAUGCUAUCCAGAUCAAGUUGGACCAGUUGUCACAGCUGGCUCGAACAAUACGGCAACAGGUACCGAUGGCGACGACAACAGCAACUGCGAGUACUGGAAAUUCUGCCAAGCACCAACCGCCAGUAAAGAAGAAUGCUGCAGCAUCACUAUUACACCUCAUCCGCACAUUGUCAAUCUCAAUAUCUGACAUAGCAUUGACGUGUGAGACCACCGAAGGGCUCUACACCUCGGCCAGGCUACAUUCAUUGGUGCUCAGUCUGGCGGCACAGACGGUAGACAAUAAUCGAGCACGAGAUCGAGCUGCUCUUUACGUGAUCCAGGGGGAUGUCGACUUGAUCACAUGGUCAAUAUUCAACAAUAAACCAGAUUUGGCAACAGAAUGCAUCGAACCGCUGCAUGUGCCAAAGACCAAGAUAUCAGCAACGAUCACGGAGGCCAUGCUGUUGGGAAGCGAGCAUUCGUUGGAUCAGGACAGCAACAAGCGACGACGAGCAAGUGGACCUGGAAUGUUGCUGAGCAGUAUGGCGUUAGAACAAGUGGUUGGCAAUAAUGCUCUUACGCAGCGGUUUCUCAGAGUUUCGGUCACUAUACGCGAUCCUAAAUUUACUGUGGAUGUCGACAAGAAGCAACUCUUGGACUCGGUACUACGACAGCGCAGUAAGCACAGCACUAACGACGAUGACGACGAUGACGUUGACAACAAAAGCGAUUCGGCAAGUGACGCAAGGUCGCAAUCGUUGUCCGAUAUGAAGGUGAAUCGCUGGAUGAACAAGCGGAUGUGUGGUGACUUGCCACGAGUUUUGUUUGCAGUCAAUAUUGAACGCCCACUCCUUGACUUUUGCAACUCAGCUGUCAAAGCAAAUGGCCACGGGCUGAUCACUACAGCAGGGAUCUCUUUUGAGUUUUCCGGUGAGUACAUCCCUCGUACUCCAUCGAUCGCUUCUCCUCCACCAUCACCAUCUUACGAUGAGCUGGACGAGGGCAUGCGCAAACGACGCCAGCCGAAAUCCUGGGUCAAACUUUUCCGCAAGAGCUGGAAACCCAAGAAUCCUUUGCCACAAACGAACCUGGAGACGGAUUGGAAUUACCAUAUACGAGCGGCAGUCAAAGUGGACAGUAUUGCUGUGCGACAUGGACGUACGGUCAAUGCAAAAGCAACCAAAGAAGAACCACUCGCUGGUUUGGAAAGUAUAGACUUGACCGCGCGUACGCAACUGUUGGCAGAACCAUCAUCCAACGUACAAGGCAGCAGCGAUAUGGGUGUGACAUGGGAUUGGGAGAACCAGAAAAACGAUACCGACUUGUCGAUAGGAUCACCAUUUUUGAAUCUGUCAUCGGUCACUGCUGAAGGGCAAAAGACGAUUGAUUUUUGGAUCGAUCGCGUGAUUCGACCUUUAAGCGUCAAGCAUACGCCAAGUGAGGAAUCAGCUACAGCAACAGCAUCGAAAUUCGACGUAUCGACAUUUGCGAACCAUAUCAAGGCAACAAUGGCGAUCAACAAUUUCUCAGUCAUGCUGGCUGGCGUUGACCAAGGUGUCAAGGGCAAGCGUCAAGUGCCCAAACAACACAUGGACAAUGCACCUACAGAGGAUACCGUGGUACACUUGCACCUGCAACUGGAAUCCUUUUCGAUUGGCUUCACUGGAGCUGCUACUGCUCGUUCGCAUCGACGGUCAACAAGUAGCGACUCAUCCAGGAACCAGGAUGACAUGGCAUUUCGGUCUCGAUUGGGCAAAAUACGUGGACACGCGUAUCAGCUCACUGUCAAAAAAAUGUUCCAGAUGGGAACGCAAUGUGAGGGUGUCAGUCGGUUGCUCUUCUGGUGCUCGCAUAUCAAUGUAGCGACUGAUGUAGCUCUGGAAGGCUGGUGUGUCUGUUUAAGUCCGGCGAUUGUUGCCAAAAAAUGUGGGCUGGUGUACGGUAUAGACGCUCACUACGCCGUAUUGGUAAUAUUGCAAGAAGCGAAAAACAUCAGGAGCACAUUGUUUCGAAAGAUGCUCGUGCCAGAGCCUUUUCAACAGCCACAGCAACGAGGUGAAUCGGCCAAAAAGGUGUCGGUACUCAAGGUUCAGCUUCAAGUCAACCGCACGGAUGUGUCAUUCACCUUGCCCAACGAAACCAAGCUCUAUUUGCGGAUGGAUGAGGUUCGAUUACUGCAUCAAAGCGGUGCAGGCAUGAGCGAUACGAAACAGCAGCCUAUCGUUGCUGCGCGUAACGUUAUGUUGUUUGGACUGUCACCUAUCGAGGCGAGCAAGUGGGAGCAGCUCAUCGAACUGGACAAUAUCGGCUUCAGUCGGGUACAUGACCAAGGCCAGACGAUCAACCAGUUGGCCAUAUCCAAACUGUUCUUGCGGGUUCCUUACAAGUUUGCAGUUUCAAAUAUCGUUGACAAUGCUGUUACCUUCACAAAGGGUCUCAAAGCGAUGCAUGGUCGAUUUUCUGGUGUACAUCCAUUCACGUACUUGGGUCCAUCGGUGUCAUCGGGUCCGCGAAAAGUACCAAACAUGUGCCUCAAGUGCGGCACAUUGCGCUUACAGUUCGAUGAUGAUCCAUUUGAAGCACGUCUACGGAUGAUCUGGCGGACCGGAUUGACAGAACAGUUAAACAGACUGGCCCUGGACGAGGCAUUCGAUGCAAAGGCGCAGACAAUCAUGCAAACCUCAAAUGUGAAGGAGACCUCUAGACAAGGGAUUGACAAUGACCAGGCCAGAAAUCAUUUCUUAAGCGCGGACCAGCCUAAAGCAAGUAGCAGCAGCAGCAGCAGAACAAUUGGCGAGAAUGUAGCAGGAGGAAACGAGAGCGACGAUACGGCGGAUGCACAUGUGAAUGAGGUCUGGCAGAUGUUGCAGGAGCACAACUCAGCGACUUGGAUCAAGCACAUCAAUGCAGCUGUUCUUCAGGAGGAAAAUGACCACGACAAAUCUAGGAUUUCUGAUUAUUCACGGCUGGGUCAACUCAACGACAUAUAUGACGACGAUGGGCAGAACGACGUUGCGAGCCUCUUUUUAAUCGAAACGCUGCCUUUACCGCCGCACCCACCUUUGUUUGAUUUCACAAUCAUGAAUAUGACGCUCCAUGUCAGCUUGCCCGACUUUCCACUCGAAGAUACCCGCUUGUUUGUGCACCAGAAUGGCAAAGGGAUCCCCAUCGACACCGAGUUUACGACGCUGAUGCCGUUCCGCUUGGAUUGGAAAGCGGGUGAAACAUGGGCGCAAAUUCGAGAUUAUCCACUGCCAAUGCUACUGGUGCCGCCCCCCAAGGACGAGGGCCAGGUAUCAUGGUCACUUUUGGGUAACUACGUUUUGGGAGAUGAGCUUGGCAGUUUGGAUGCAACAAGACAGAUUACGAUACCCAUCAUUGAUACCCCGAACUGUACCAUGGAUAUUGCCCGGACAAGCUCUCCUACCAAGUUCUAUUCUAUCGUCAAUAUUGAUGUCCACACUCCAGAUAUGUCCACAAUAUCGUGGUCAGUACCCUAUCAGCCGGCGAUCCAGGAUAUCUCGAGGACCUUUGAUUCAUUUACCCGACCACCUGUGGAUCCGUCAUCAAAGAUAGGCUUUUGGGACAAGAUCCGACUCAUCAUUCAUACCAAAACCAAGAUAUCCUUCGUUGGCGGCGGUGACUUUGCAUUUUUGAUGAAAGGCACGCGUGAUCCCUACGAAACAAGCGAACGCGGUUUUGGACUCGCCAAGGUGUGGAGCAACGACGUGGUUUGGCUUCUUGGGCACGAUAAUCCGGACCGCGAGUUCUUGCAAAUUAUCAGUCGUGAUUACGCAUUUGGUGUGCCUGAUCUGAUCCAUGGCGGGUACACAUCGACAUAUAUCCUUCCGAGAAUCUCAAGGCCAACGGAUCCAGACAAACAAGAAAAACAGGAUGACAACGAACUUUGUGCACCGAAACGCACGCGUACCCUGACUUCUCUGCUUACUGAACAGAGGUCCGACCCGCGCUUUGUGAAGGUGGCUCUCAAGCUGACGGAUGGGAUUCGCAUGGGUAUAGGCUGCCAGCUCGAACGUGUGUGUCCGCCUGGAUGUCCCAAGUGCGACGACAAUGAAGACAUCAGGCGCGUUUCGAUGUACACGCGAUCAGAUAUGGCAAGGUGCCGUUUCCUCACUUUUCUGCCGCAUUAUGAAGUUCGGAUGAAGACUCCAAGAGCUGUGCAGGCUAUGGGCGAGAAGGCAAAGCAUUAUGAUGCCUAUGAGGGCUUCCGAUCCAAUUUUAUUCACCUGUCAAUCAGCAUUGUCAAGAUCUCAGCUGAAAAGCCAGACAAGGUCGAUAUCACAAAUGCAACGAUGAACUCGAUGCACUUGACGCCUGGCUUUAUUGAUCAUUUCGUUACUUGGUUCCGACUCUUUGGUGGUGCUAUGAGCUAUCCAAUGCGCAACGGUGCUCUAUUCCCACGAGCCGAUCCACGACCGACUAAGAAGUUUGGCAAGCACAUGCGAAGCAUGAAAUACAAGGUCAUGCUGCAUCCGCUGACGAUCGGCUACUUUUACAAGGAUCAAAACGCAGUGGAUGACAAGAGGCUAGAAGAAACAGGUGACUCUGUGGGUCUUAAGGCAUUAGUCUCGGCAUUCAACGUUGAUAUCCAUCAGCGUCGAGAAAUUACAGACGUCGAAAACCAUAAGCUGGAUCAGAAACGACUCAAGGCAAAUUGGCCCAUGCAUGAGGCCGAAGUGCAUUUGAAGAGCAUUGAUCUCCGAGCAGUACGGGCAAAAUAUUCAGCUAAUGGUGUAUCCAGUCAACAUAGCGCUCCUAGUAUAGCUGUGGGUGGUCUCAGCGAGUCGAGCGACAGCAGCGUUGAUCCGGAUUUGAUGGAUGGAAUGGACCGUUUCGAGGACGAGGACACUGGACCGUCUGAUUGGGUGGACUUUGAUGACUUUGUGGAGCUCCAGGUUCUAAGUCCUGACAAUGCGCCUAUAGUCCAAGUUCUUCCAUUCGCAUACUCUCCUUGCCUUUACUAUCUCAAGCAAACAAACCGCGCGGAUCGAGAGAAGUAUCGGUAUCUACGCAAUACACAUAACUGUAUCAUGGGAACUGCUGGUGAUACACGUGAAAUUCAAAUGGGUAUUGUGCGACAACGCCAUAAAAACAUUGAUGUCCAGAUCAAAAAGCAUCAAGCUCGGAUACAUACAGUGCGAAGCAAGCUAGCUGAUCAAGAAGAUGAAAAGCUCCAGAACGAGGUAUCUGAUGCAAUGGCCGAUAAAACCGAGAUCCUGUUUGAAAAGAGGGCACUGUUGGAACGCUGUCUAAAAGAUUUAUCGACGCAGACGAUGCCGAAUGUUUCUGGAGGCAACAGUGUCAGCGAACAAGACUCUUAUUCAAGCUCAACGUUACUCAGACCCGAUUCGCUAUGGGAGGAUUUGAUGGGACAUUUCAAGCAGCGGUGCAUUGUUCACAAUCCGCAAAUCAUCUGGAACAAUGCUGUACGCAAUAUUGUUUAUCAUUUUUUGGAUGUCCGAGCUCACCGCCGUGCCUUGGACUACUACACCUCUAUGCGUGCUGUCAAGUUCUUGCGUGACUUGAUCGAGACUUCACAAAAGGAACGCGAGUCAUGGAAGCGGGAUAGUGUGGUGAUGAACGACGAUGACGAUACAAACUUUGACAGCCGUAUGGCCGAAGAGCUGAUCCAAAAGCUACUUGCCGAACAGCAUACCAGAUUUGUUGCCCUCAACGAGACCGAGGAGGAUAUUGAAAAGAACAAAACUAUCGACAUGGAUAUGCCAACCGGGAAGGUCAAUGAUCCAGAAACGCAGAAAAACAGCAUUCCUAGCGGGUAUGAAAUGAAGAGCAGCUACCUUAUCGACUUGUUGCAUCCACAAAUCAGUCUACAGAGUGAUCGUGAUCCAGACAGUCUUGUUAUCGUUGCCAACGAGCGUAUCCAAGUGAAAGGUUUCAAUAUUUUUGAUGUCAAUGGUGCCGAUGUCGAAGAAAUGGACCUUGUCAAGAACAGAACCAUCGUCAGUCUAGAUAACUCGCAGGUCUUUGUGGCCAAGAAGGAACGAUUCGACACAGUGGACCUCUUGUUUGACAAUCAUUAUGGUGCAAAGCAUACCGAUCGAUGGCUUGCAUGGGUUCCUCCAGAAAUGCUCAUAAAAUAUGAUAACAAAUCGAGCCAAUUUCAACGAGUGGCAAAACGUCUUGCGGCUACAGUUCAAUACGAUAAGUAUAACCAACUGCGUUUCAAAACGAAUCCGACUGCAUUUGCGCAAAUCCAUCCCUUUGAAGAUCGUUGCGACAACGUGCAUCUGAAUAUACCCAAACUUUCGUUGAACGCCAACUCGAGUCAAUACAAUGCUAUCUUUGAGGUAGUGACCGAUUUGCUACUGUACAAGGAGCCUGCCAAAAAAGAGCGGCUGGCGCGUCUUCGAGAGAUCAUGAUGGCUGCCGACAGAAACAGCAUUGACAAGGCUAUCGAUCGAAUCAUCACGCUGCAAGACCGCGUCCGCCAACUGAACGAGACAUACACACAGUAUAGACUAAAUCUAUCACAUCUUGAUCAAAACCGAGUAGACGAGUUCCGCGCUAUACGAGCAUCCAAGUACGAGCACUGUGAGGAACUGUACCUCGGCAUGGAAGCUAUCAAAUUGACCCAGCAGAGCAAUACGCGUAAAAACUACCACGAACCCAAAACGAAUCUCAAGUUUGUCUUUGUCGCGGGGAGUCUAUUAUGGGAAAUGCUGACGGACAACGACGCACCUCUUUGUGAAUGGAAUUUAGUCAACACAACCUAUAUUCUUACAAGUAAAGAAGAUCGCUCCAGUAGCAACACAUUUGAAGUCGAUAUGCUGACGGUGAAGAACAAAACAUCGUCACCUGUGUUUACCGAGGUGCUUGGGCCUUAUGUUGAUCCCAAAAAGACGACCGAUUUCUCACGACACAAGAUGCUGCGCGGCUACCUUGUCGAUCUUCCGCCUGUAGGUGGUAUUCCUGUGACCCAGCAUCUGGAAGUGAACUUAUACCCAUUGCGCCUGCAAAUGACCUACGAAUUCGGCAAGGCUAUGGCUUCCUAUGUCUUUCCGGCGGAUCGACGCCAAAAACCGUCUUCGUCAGACACCACCAGCAGUGCGCCUCGAUCACCUGUUGCGUCAUCCAACGUCGAGAACGAGGGCAGUUCAAUACAUCAUUCCAUAUCAAGCAACGAUAUCCGUUUGCUGGAUGAACCUGAAAUUGUUGUCCCUGUUGAGGCGCAAGAGCAAGCGCCAGAAAUGACGGCCAGCCUGUCAGCACCUCCAUCAGGCAAGAAAGGUUUGAAGAAUGGUAGACGGAAGCAAGUCAAAAAGUCGGUUGUGGAUGAUCUUUCUGUCAUGAGAAAGCGUGCAUCCACCAAUCGUGCUUUCCUCUUGGUGAAAAUUCCUGGUACACGGCACUGUCUGAGCUAUCAGGGGCCGAAAGAGAAAAACAUUGAGGAUUUGCGCGAUUUUGCCUUCCAACAGCCCAACCUUGAAUAUCGGAACAAGACAUGGUCCUGGUUUGAGCUGAUGUCAAUUAUUAAGAAAGACUUCUUGCGUGCUGCGGUGUUACAUAACAGUACAGCUUUGCUUAAGGAAAAGCUUAUGAUCCGUCGCCAUCCACCACGGGAGAGAUUGGCUGAAUCCAAUAUAUCCAUGCAAAGCAACACAUCUCAUAACGCUUCCGAUGCCUACAAUUUUCCCGACGAUGGUUCUGAGUCCACGGAUAGCUCCAAUGAUGAGCUAGACGAGCUUGAGAAUGACGCGAUUUCUCUGCGCUCGGUAAGCUUGUAUGAGGUGGAUCAAGGAGCAGCUGAGCCAGCUACCCAUACCCAAAAUACACGUCGAUUACUCCCAUGGUCGCUCAAAUCACGCAAAAGACAAGUGAUCGAUAGUGGACAUCCUCAUGAUGAUGGUCGCAACGAGAAGCGACACAGUAUCGACAGCAUGGAGGGUCGUGAAACAUCAUCAAUGUUAGAUGAGGAGUUGACGGCCAAGGGAAGGAUGCUUCUGGGAAAGAAGUAUAAUGGCCCGAUUUACUCGUUUGCUACCAAGCCUAACAGCAAGGGAAAGCGUCCGACUACUCAUCGGACAGAGAGCUAAAAAGAAUAAUGUUGUACAUAAUUUCCUCUUGUCGUUCAGAGUAAUCUUUCAAUGUGUAUAUAAAAUAUAUUAUAUUUAUAAUAAUAGUAAUAUUAAUGAAAAUAGCCUGGAAUCUAUUUGCG